AUGUUUUAUUUAUUAUAUCUAAUAACAUAUUUGACAUUGCCGGUGAAAAUAACGACAACAAAACUAGUCACAAAGACGACUGAUCGCCUCUUAGUAUUACCUGAAUUAGCUAAAUAUGGUUACGUAUUAUUUGAAGCCGGUGAUCGGUCAGAAAAUGAUUUUCGACUAUGUCAACAAACCGUUAAAAAUCAAUUACUUAUUAUUAAUAAAUAUGGUGAUCUUAUGUUAGGAAAAUCAUUGAAACAAAAACCGUUAAACAAUGAAUUAUUUUGUCAAAUAAAUGGAAAUCAGUCUAUUGUCAAUGUUUAUUAUACGAUAAUAUCUCUGUCGUCCUAUUAUGGUUUUGAAUCGCCUGUUUAUCAUUUAUACCAAAAUGAACGUGAACCACAAUAUUCUCAAUUGAACGUUGAAUAUUUUUCAGCAAUUAGAUAUUUACAUCAUAGAAACAAUAGUGCACCGAUUCUUUAUGAUUUGAUUGAUCAUACGUCUUCAACACGAUUAUUUGAUAUUACCCAUAAUGACAAAAACGAUGAUUUGAUUAAAUUAAUAAAUAUGAAAACAUUUGAUUAUGAUGAUAUCGGUGAGAUUAGAGAGCAUACAUUAAUCAUACGAGCAAUAAAUAGUCAAACAAAAGUAGAAUCAUAUGCAAAAAUAAUUGUUCAUAUUCAAAAUAGAAACGAUAAUUUACUCAUUCUACAGAAGCCAAAACCAUUUGUUCGAUUUACGCUAAAAGAAGAUCAACAAUCAAAUUCAAUUCUCGGUCAAAUAAAAGAAUUUGAUAUAGAUGACAAUAAUCAAUUAAUAUAUCAAUUCAUGUACAAUCAAACCUUUGAAAAUAGAAGUGGUCCAUUCUCAAUUAAUUCACAAACAGGUGAAAUUCAAUUAAUCAAUCGUAAUUUAUUAGAUUUCAAUGUUCUUUUCUACCAUCUGUACGUUUUAAUUAUCGAUGAAUCAAUGAAUAAGAAUCUAGUUGUUGAUGUUUAUAUCUAUUUACCACAAAAUAAACAACAUAAACAAACACCAUUAGUAGAAUCAACAAUAAAAGAGUCAAAUGAUAAAAUGAUUUAUCGUCACCGUCGUCAGCAACAAUCUCAAUCGGCUCCUAGUCGUUUACAAUUACGUUUUAAUGAAAGUUUUACGGGUACUAUCUACCAAAUAAAAUAUUGUCGAAAACAAACGAAUGAAGAUAGAAUCGAAAAAACAUUUAAAUUUCCACAAAAAUAUGAACAGUAUUUAAAUGAACGUCUAACAGUUGAUGAAGAUGGACAAUUGAUUAUUUUGAAACAUUUCAAUCACGAAUAUUUUCAAUCAGUUAAUUUUCAAUUUCAUUGUUUAAUUACUGAACGUCAACAAUUGACACGUGUUAAUAAAUCGGAAGAAAUUCAUAUGCAAAUUGAUGAUGUCAAUGAUGAAUCGCCAAAAUGGAUUAUGGAUGAACCAUACCAAUUUGGAACAUAUUAUGGAUAUGUGGAAAAAACAGCGCGACCAGAAACACCUGUAUUUCGAUUUAAAGCACAAGAUAUUGAUACACAAUCACGUUUAACAUAUGAAAUUGAAGAAAUUAUACCAAAAUCAGCAGCAAAACAACAAUUAUUUCAUAUAUCUCAAGAUGGAACAUUGACUACGCAUAGUAAUCAACAAUUAUCAGGCACUUACAAUAUAACAGUGAAAGCGAUCGAUGUAAAUACAAAUCCGUUAUAUAACUACAAUCGAUUUAUUCGCACGUACUUACUCGUUACUACUGAUCGUAUCGAACCGAAAUUUUAUCAACAAAAAUAUGUAUUUAACGUAUCAGAAUAUACUCAGCCAUCAACAAUUGUCGGUUCAAUAAAAGCUAAAUCAUAUUCGACAACACAAGAUAAUUUACGCUACUUUUUACAGCCAUUGAUUAGUAUGCAUUCAAAUAAUUAUGAGUUUAAAAUUGAUGAAACAAUUGGUACAGUUAAAAUUUUAAAAUUAUUACGUUACAGUGAUCAACAUAAUAAUAAUACGAAAUAUUUUCAUGGUAUUGUAAAAGAAUUAAAUGGUUGGCAAAUGGAUGCUCGAGUUGACAUUGAAAUCAAUAUUAUCGAUAUUAAUGACAAAGUUCCUACAUUUAAACAAACAUAUUAUACACCACAAAUCCCUGAAGAUUAUCCACUACGUACACCAAUCAUUAAUUUUACCGUUACAGAUGAUGAUGCAAAAAAUUCACAAAAUUCGAAUAUUACAUUAGAUCUUCUAGAUCCAUACGGAAAAUUUUCUAUUUAUUAUGAUCCAAUAUCAACAUCGAAUAAUAUUCAAGCCUAUCUAAUAGUAAAACAACGUCUUGAUUAUGAAUCAUUAUCACCACUUGAUCGUCAAUAUAAAUUAAAAAUAAUUGCAAGAGAUAAUGGUCAACCCAAAUCAUUACAGAGUGAAGCACAAAUUUAUAUUACUGUUACGGACGUAAACGAUGAACCACCUAUUUUUAAAGAUAAUCCAAUACAGAAGACAAUUGCUGAAAAUACUCAAAAAGGUACAACAAUUUUAUUUGUCGAUGUACAUGAUACAGAAUAUAAUGAUAGUGUUACUGUUCAAUUUCAAACACAAUAUGAUAAUCCAUUUCGAAUAAUAACGAGUCCUGGUGGUGGACGAGUAAUUCUUGAUGGUCAAUUAAAAAAAGAAUUUUAUAAUUUGACAAUUCUUGCUUAUGAUCGUUUAAAUCAUACUAGUUACGCUCAACUAUUAAUAACCGUUUACGAUGUUAAUGAUCAUACGCCUAUUAUUGAAAAUUGUCAACAAGGCAUCAUUACUAGUAAAGUGAGAGAAAAUGCUACGAUCAAUACGCCAAUAUUGAAAAUAAAUGCGACAGAUGAAGAUCGUGGACUCAAUGGUGACAUACUUUUUUCGUUAAAAGGUGGUGGAGGUAGUGGAUCAAAUAGUGAAAAUGAUGGAAGUGGAUCAAAUUUAGGAACAGAAUCUGAUUUAUUUGGUAUUGAUUCUGAGACGGGUUUAAUCUAUAAUAAAAAGCGUUUAAAACAUUUAAAAAGUGGUCAUAGUGAAUAUACAAUGACCGUUUUUGCUCAAGACAGAGAUCCACAAAAUCCAAGAUCGACACAUUGUAUUAUUAAAAUUAAUGUUGAAGAUAUUAAUGAUCAUUAUCCGGUUAUAACAUCACCAUCUCGUGACAAUGAUUUAAUAUCGAUUAAAGUUGAAAAACGUGUUAAUUAUUUAAAUUAUGCUGUUUUAAUAAUACGAGCAAAAGAUGAUGAUAGUGGUAAAAAUGCACACUUAUCAUUUUCAAUUAAAUCAAAACCAGAAUGUGCUACAAGUGAAACACAUUUUACCAUUGAUUCAUCGUCCGGUAUCAUAUCGAUUCGUCCAACGAAAUUGGGUGAUAUAUUUCAAACACAAAACAAAUAUUGUCUUGUCAUUCAAGUAUGUGAUCAAGGUGAUGAACCAAAAUGUGUGGAACGAAAAGUAAACUUUCAAUUAUCGCAAGAUGGUUUUGAACCACCUGUUUGGGCACCAGAAACAGCACUCACAUUUCAACGAGUAAUGAAAGUUGUUGAAUUAGCUCAGCAAAAUAUUGUUAUUGAUACAUUCAAAGCAUCGAUUAGCAAUGAUACGACAAAAAAAGUGAUAUUCGAAAUGGAGCCUGUCGACUGGAAAUGUCAUAAUAGUCCAAUAACAAAUGAAGCACCACGUAUCCCAUUUCUGUUGGCACCAGAUGAAAAUGGUCGAAAUAUUGCACGUCUUGUUAUUUAUCAACCGAUCGAUGCUGAUCCGCCAACAGGAUGUACACAUUUUACAUUUAAGAUUAAGGCAAAAAAUAGUGCUAUGGAAGCAUUAUCUGUUGAAAGUCAAUAUAAAAUUGAAAUAAUCGACUCUAACGAUAAUAUACCAAUAUUUAAUGUGAGUUCAUAUAGAGGACAAAUCUAUGAAAAUGAGAUAAAAGAAAAUAUUUUGAGAGUUCAAGCAGAUGAUAAAGAUAUUGAUCCAAAAAACAGAAAUACAACGUACUUUAUCAGAUGUCAAAAUAAUGCUGGUAGUAGUCAAUCAAACCAAGUCUCGUAUUACUCAAAUAAUCCUCUGUCAAAUUCUCUUUCAUGUCAUGGUAUUGUAUCUAUUGAUCCUGAAACUGGUUGGAUUAGUGUUCAACGUCAAUUUGAUUUCGAUAAUCCAAAUGACAGACGUUAUGUAUUUGAUGUAUUUGCUAAGAACAUUUUACCAUCCGAUCGAUGUAAUUCGAAUAAUAAAGAAUUACAACAACAUCAGCAAGGAGGCGGAGCGGAUUCUAAUCCGACAAUACAAAUAUGUGUUACCGAACAUCGUGUACCUGUGAUUAUUGAAGUGCUUGAUCGAAAUGAUAACGCUCCAGUUUUUCAAGGCAAACCAUAUUUAACCCAUGUUUCGGAAGAUGCUGAACCUGGCACAACAAUCUUUCAAUUGAAUGUGAGCGAUGUAGACACGGAUGAUAUUUUAACAUUCAAUAUUGUCAACGUUCAAGAAGCAUCAGCAUUUGCAGUUAAAGAAAAUACGGGCGAAGUCUAUUUGGCUAGUGCUUUGGAUUACGAACGUGUACAACAACAUCGUGUCAUUAUUCAGGUUAGCGAUAGUAAUAAUGAACAUACAAGUCAAGCUGAGUUAACUGUUAUUGUCGAAGAUGCUAACGAUAAUCCACCUCGUUUCCUCAAUCUACCAGCAACGAUCGAAAUUGAAGAAGGAAAGCAAGUUAUUGAUUAUGACCAAUUAAUGAAACAACAAAAUGGAAACUUGUAUUCAGAUGAAAAUUAUGAAAGUCAAUUGUAUCGACAAUUAAAACGUCGUAGAAGAAGACGGGCUACAAGUUCAAGAAAAUAUGGCAAACAAAAUGAAGGAAAACAUCUACUUAGAAAACUGCAAAAGACAUCAGACAACACACUGACUGAUGUCAAUCGUUAUCGAACAACACCAUCGUCGCCGUCUAGUAGUUACAACCAACCGUUGGAGUACAUCUCUCGGGUUAUUUAUACAGUAAAAGCGGACGAUCCUGAUAAAGGUCGUCCAGCAAAUGUUGGUGGUAUUAAAUUUAUGUUGACAUCCUCAAAUCAACAGUAUACAGAUUAUUUUGAAAUUCAUCCAACAAAUGGUACAAUACAUUUAAAAAAAGAUUUAGAUCGUGAUCCACCUAAUGGAUUUGAUGAAUGGUUGUUAACGAUUAUAGCGGCGGAUGAAGGCGGUUUUGAAGGGUCGAAGAAAAAUGCAUCAUGGUUAAAAAUCUUAGUGAAAGAUAUCAACGAUAAUCCACCAAUUUUUAUAGACGUUGAUCCAAUUGGACACAUUGCUGAGAAUGCAAGAAAAGAUACACGUGUUGAAGGUUUACGUAUUCGUGCAACGGAUUACGAUAAAUUAUCUGAAAAUACCACUCGUUACGCUCUAACAUUAAACACAAAAUCGAUCGAUGGUCAAGAUGUAUUUCGUAUUGACGAGUUAACAUCGGAUAUUUAUCUGAAUGUUGAUAACUAUUUGGAUCGUGAAAAAACACCACAUCAUAAUUUAUCAAUUAUUGCUCGAGAUAUUGGUGAUCCAGCUGGUAAUUUACAAUCAAAAGAAUUAAAAAUCACAAUAAUUAUUGACGAUGUCAACGAUCAACCACCACGAUUUAAACCGACACAAAUACAAGCACAAAUAUCUGAAAUAGCACAACGUGGCGAUUUUGUUAGUGAAAUUAAAGCGGAAGAUGAUGAUAUUGGAGUAAAUACACAUUCCAUUUACGAAAUUGUUGAAGAAUGUCAGUUAUUCGACGAAAAACAGCAACGACACACAACAAUAAUGCGAUGUUCAAAACCAAAACAUUUUAUAUUCAAAGAAACAUCAUUGGCUGAAAAAGGAACAAUAAUUCUGCUAGAACCAGUUAAUUAUGAUCCACCUGAUAAUCAGAUAAAAUUUUUACUUAAAGUUAAAGCGACCAAUGGCGGUAUGUCUGAUUAUGCCAAUGUUACUGUUUUUAUCACCGAUUUUAAUGAUAAUACACCAGUCUUUUCCCAGAGUGUCUAUUUUGUCAAUAUUAGUGAAUCAACACCAUUUGGUUCCAAAAUUUUACAAGUGAGCGCUACAGAUAACGAUGUAAUGCCGGUAAAUAAAGAAUUCAUUUUUCGUAUACCACCCGAUCGUCAACAAUAUGAAAAUCGUCAACAUUUACGUAUCGAUACAAUGAAUGGAAAAAUAUAUUUAAAAAAAAAUUUUGAUCGUGAAAAAUCAUCGACAAUUAGUUUACCAUUAGAAGCUGUAAAUAAUCAAAGUACAAAUGUUUUAAUUGGACGAGCAAUGCUAGUAUUGAAUAUAUUAGAUGUUAACGAUAAUUUUCCACAAUUUGCCGAAAAUUAUCAGGCACGAAUAAGGGAAUAUGAGCAACCAAAGAAAAUAUUAGAAUUUAAAGCCACCGAUCCUGAUGAAAAAUCAUCAACAACAAAUUUUGAAUUUAAAUUAGGUUCAAAAAAUGUUUGGCCUGAAGAUGGUGAACCCAAGUUUCGUCUUGAUGUGACAUCAGAUUACUAUGGUCCAGUUGGAGUAUUGAGUACGUUAAAAGUAUUGGAUCGUGAAGAAUUAUGUUCAUCGUCUACAACAAUGACGAAGAAAGGUAAACCUUAUUGUGGAAAAUAUUAUGAUUUACCAAUACGUAUGAAUGACAAUUCAAAACCACAUUCACAAUCGGGUAUCAAUUAUUUACGAGUUACUGUUGAAGAUGUUAAUGAUAAUCCACAUUAUAAUGGGCAAAAACAAAUUGAUGCCUAUGAUUAUAAGCAACAAUUGAUAAAAGCAUUAAAUUCAGCCGGAUUACAUGGAAUAUACAUUGGAAUGGUGUACUCAAAAGAUGAAGAUGAUUGGGAUAUACAUACAAAACAGUUUGAGCUUUUAACACCGUCCACAGAAUUCUUUCGAGUAGAUAAAGGAGGAAAAACACCAGGAGCAAUUUAUUUGAAAACACCAACGUCUAAUAGUACGUCACAAUUGGAACAUAUCACGUAUACACUUAUCGUGUCUGUUACCGACACGUACGAUCAAUGGUUACAACGUGAUGCUCAAACAUCAACGGUUAAAUUUCAUCUAAAUGAUUUAUCACCAGAAGCUGUAGAAAAUGCAGCAUCAAUUCGUUUACAAGACAUAACAGCUGAAGAAUUCAUUGAAACACGUCACAUGCCCGCCGGUCAAUCGUAUUACAAAGAAUUUGCACGUCUCAUCGGUGAUAUAGUCAAUGUUCAUAACAUUGAAAUAUUUUCAAUUCAAGAUCAUGAAUAUUUACCACGAACAAUUGACGUUUAUUAUGCGGUGCAUGGAAGUGGGUAUUUGUCGAAAAUAAAAAUUAAUGGACUAGUCAAUAUGAAACGUACUAAAUUAGAAGAUCUAUUCAAUAUAUCACAAAUAGGCAUAAAUGAAUGUUUAUCAUCAGAUGCUAAAUGUUUUGAAAAAGGUUGUAUCUCACGUUCUGAAAUUGUUACAAAACAGCCUUAUUAUGUAAUAAAUGCAAAUGAAACAGCCUUUAUUGGACUUCAUAUUCGUUCAAAAGCUCAAUGUCAAUGUGAAACAGAUAUCCAGUAUCAAUUAAGUAGAGAAUUACAAGAACAAAAAUCAAAUCAGUAUUGCCUUAAUGGAGGAUAUCCACAACGAGAUCACAAUACAAUGAAAUGUUCAUGUCCACAUGGAACAUUGUACAAUGGAGAACGAUGUCAAUUAACAACCGUAUCAUUCGAUGGCAAUGGAGGUUAUGGUUGGUAUAAACCGUUAUCAACAUGUUCCCAAUGGCUAUUACAAUUGGAAUUUUUAACUCAAUCGCCCAACGGCACUCUCCUUUAUAAUGGUCCGUUGAAUAAUCAAUUAAAUCAAGAUUAUUUUUCACUACAAUUGGUGAAUGGUCAUCCAUCAAUUGAAUUAAAUUUUGGUACAAAAGCUAUCAGGCGCUAUUUAAAAUCAAGUUCAUAUUUAGCUGAUGGAAAAUGGCACACCAUUGAGAUAAGACAAUUAAGUACGAUUGAACAUAUUUUAGAAAUAAUUAUCGAUUAUUGUCCACAACAAAUAAAAACCAGUGAAUGUCGAUUUAUGAUUGAAUAUGUUGAAGAUGAUAUAUUUAGUACAAAUGAACCGUUGCAAUUGGGUGGUGUAGCCAAUCCAGAGCAAUUACCCAUUGAUUAUGCAGGAAAUUUUAAAGGUUGUAUUCGUAAUUUACGUUUUGCUGAUGAAUUGUACGAUUUACACAUUGAUUCUCACAGUGGACAAUCAUCCAAUUUACAUGAAGGUUGUAUGUUAACCAAUCAAAAAUGUUCCCGAUUCAUGUGUGUACAUGGUACAUGUGAAGCAGAUCUCUAUCAUGCACAAUGUAUUUGUAAACCGGGUAAAUCUGGUGUUACAUGUGCACAAGAUGCUCAAUCAUACGAUUUUACUUAUGAUAAACUAACAUGGACCGGAGAUCGUGCAUCAUAUGCCACAUUUCGUCAUACACAUAAACCUGAUGAUUAUAUUCACGCCAUGAAAUUUCAAAUUAUGUUUCGUACACGUGAUUCAUCCGAUAGAAUUUUAACACUCAUUGAUCUACAUAACGACGAUACGUUUAUGUUUUUGGAAUUGAAAUCAGGACAUUUACAAGCACGUUUUGGAUCAAAAUCGGAUGCACAAUUGAUUGAAUUGAGAUAUGUCGAAGUAAAUGAUGGUAGAUGGCAUACAGCUUAUUUAGAUCGAUAUGGAGAACGAUUAUUUUUAAAAUUAGAUGAUGGAGAAUAUUAUCGAUCAAAUAUUAGUUAUGGAAAAUCAGUUUGGAAAAAUUUUCCAAAUACAUUGUUAAAUGUGGGAGCAAGAAUUGAUUCGGCUGUUCACAAAAUCGUUACGGCUGAUUUUAAUGAUGGUUGUAUCCAAGAUGUUCGAUAUAAUGGUCAACUAUUAGAUUUACUCAAUGGUUCGAGUUCAUCGGAUAUGAAAUGGACAUUUCAAUCAAAUAUCAAAGAAGGAUGCGAUAAUUUAGAUAAUUGGUGUCGUGGUGUUCAAUGUUUACAACCGGCAUUUUGUGUGAAUACGUGGCGUCAUGGUAUUUGCUCAUGUCCACCAAAUCUGAAAUAUUUUCAAUCGAAUGAUACAUGUGUGAAAUAUGACUGGUGUCAGGAUGCAACAAAUCCAUGUCAUAUCCCUGGUAUGGACGAUGAAAUUCGCGAUAAUAUAAUUAAUUACGAUGAAGAAGGUUGCCCGGAUGAAGAUCCAGUGACGUACGAUAUAUCAACGCUAAAAAAGCCCAUUUAUGAGAAUAAUACAGCAAAUGGUCGUCUCGGUGGAUCCAGUCGAAAUGAUUCGGAAACACGUAGUGGAAGAAUGAAUUCUGAAUCAGAAGUGAAACCAUUAUUGUCAAAAACUGUUACGGAUAGUGGUGCUAUCGAUCCACUUUCUGUGUCGAGGAAAAUCACUCGUAAAGACAUACCGCCAGUAAUAAAACCAUUAUCACAAAAAGAUACAAUAAAUGGUGGUGAUGGCAUUCAAAGGACUAUAAACGUGGGCGAUUUUAUUAAAAAUCGCAUUAAAGACAUUGACGAUGAUCCAUCACAGCCACCCUAUGAUUCACUACAAGAGUAUGCUUUCGAAGGCACAGAAGAAGAUAAAUGUUUUUCAUUAUCUACGCUGAGUCUAACAUUAAAAGAUAAUCUAGAUAGUGAACAUGAUAUGGAAUUUGAUUAUCUGGACGGGUGGGGACCAAAAUUUCACAAACUAGCCAAUUUGUACAUAUUAAAAAAUGAUAUCAUGCCUGAUGUACGUCAAUCAACGCGUUUGAAAAAACCAGUGCUAACACCAACAACUACUGAUCAAAAUGGCGGCGAUAAUGGUGAAAUUCAAGAGCCAAAAAAAUCAUUAUCAAAAUUACCAAAACGAAAACGAUCGGAAAAAGUCGACGAUAGUCCUCAGGAAAAAAAGAAAACAUCACCUUAUUUCUCAAAAUCGCCAAUAAAAAUUGAAAGUAUCAGAAAAUCAUCAUUGAAAAUUGAACGUUUAUCAUCAACGGAUAGUGAAAUGAAGAUCGAAGAGAAGAAGAAUAAAAAAAAAAACACUCUUAGAAAAGAACCAAAGUCAAAAGCAACACUAACAACUGAAGCAAAUCAGAAGUCAAAAGUGGUUAAAAAAGGUCCAACAAAAAAACCAGCUACCGUAACAACAGUAGAAGUGAUAGAUGACAAUGAUUCAAGUAUGGAUACAGAAAAUCGAACGGCUAUUUCGAAUGAAAGCAAUUCAACGAAAGGUCAAGCAACUUUUUCUGAUUCUGAUUCUGAUUCUGAUGGUGGUUGGGAAGAUGUUAAAAGUCAUCCAGUUCCAGCUGAAUUAUUAUUGGCCAAUGGUUUGAAUCCUAAUGAUGGUAGUCAUUUAUUGUCAGAUAAACAUAAAAAUGGUAUAGAAAUUGAGUUAAAUGAAGAUGAAAUAUCCAAUGGAAAAAAGAAGAAAGAAAUGACAAUGGAACAAUAUUUACAACGUCAUUUAAAUCGUGUAGCAAAAGCAAGAAUUCUUCGUUUUCAUAAGUUACAUCUUGUAUUUCUAUUGGCACAUGGUUUUUAUAUAAAAAAAUUAUUAAAUUUACAAAUAUUAAAAGCAUUGUUUUAUUCAAUGUUAGAUGAUGAACAUGUUCGAAAAUUAUCGUACUCACCAAAAAAAACAAAUCCAAAUGAUUUACAUCGUCUAUUAAAGUAUUUCAAUGAACUAUUUACUGUUGACCAAGAAAUACGAGAUGAAAAUAUAACAUUACAUCGUAAAUCUUUAUUUACACAAAUAAUAUCAUCUUUAAAAGAAAAAUCUACCCCGUCCUCGUCAAUUCGUACAUUUUUGUUUAUUAUUUACGCACGAUUACUGAAUUAUGAUGUUCGUCUGGCAUUUACAGCUGAUGUUUAUCGAUUGAAACCAGAUAAACAACAAAAGUUAAAUAUUCCACAUGGAAGUCUAGUAAAGAAUAUCAAAAAACAACAACAACAAAAUUUUGAUGUUGAUAUUGAAGAUGUAACACCCAAAAAAGAACGCUCAUUAUCAACCAAAUUAACAAAUAGUGUUAGUAGUAACAAAACCACACGCGGUGGACGUCGUUCAUGUAUCAAAAAAACAACAUACGCUGAAGAACGUGAUCAAGAUUCAGAUAUUCAAAGUGUUGUUUCACUUGUAUCUACAGAUGUUCCAAGUGAAAGACUGACAGAAAGUGAAGAUGAAGAAGCUAAUGAUUUCAUUAAACGAAAGCCAAUAAAUAGUAAAUCCAAAUUAACCAUGAAGAAAAAGUUAUCAACAUCAUGUACUACUGAUACAAGUCGUUUACAUUCAGCUGAUCAUUCACAUGAUUUAAAACGUGUUCGAUCGACUUUAACCAUAGAAAAAAAUAAUCAGGCCAUAUCACCCGAUCGUUCUUCGAAAGCAACAAAAGCAGCAUCAAGAGAAAAUAAACGAUCGUUGUAUUAUUGGUGUGAAGUCUAUUUAGAAACAAAUAUUGAAUAUGGUUAUGUAACAGUUGAUUUGAAUACAAAUCAAAUUAAUUUAAGUGAACAACUAGAAAAAGAAGUUGAUUUUCCUAUUAUUUAUGCAUUUUCAUUUGAUAUGAAUCAUUUUUAUUUCAAAGAAGUAACACAACGAUAUUCAGAUUCCUGGAUAGAUAAGUAUCGAAAACAACAUAUUCAACAUAAGUCUAUUGAUCCAAAAUGGUGGGCAAAACUAGGCAAACGAUUUGCACCAAAAGAUAAAAAAAAAGGAAAAAUGGCAAAGAUGGAAGAUCAAAGUAUUGAGAAUCAGUUGCUCCGUAAACCAAUCCCAGCAUCAAAGGCUAGUCUCAAAGGUCAUCCAUUGUAUAUUUUACAAAGUCAUUUAUUAAAAUUUGAAUCUGUUUAUCCAAAUGAAACACCACCAGUCGGUUAUCUGGGUAAAGAUAGAGAACCGAUUUAUCCACGAGAUAAAGUUGUGACAUUAUGUUCAAAACAAACGUGGUUAAAAGAAGCAAGAAUGGUAAUGGAUAAUGAAGAACCAUAUAAAAUUGUUCUAGGACGUAUUACAAAUAGUGCCAAAAAAGCCGGUAGAACGGAACGUCCAGAGUUACAAUUAUUUGGUUUGUGGCAAACAACAACAUUUAUUCCCCCAGUAGCACAUGAUGGUAUUGUUCCAAAAAAUGAAUAUGGUAAUGUUGAUUUGUUUAAACCUGAAAUGAUACCGACCGGUUGUGUACAUAUUGAUUUACCCAAUAUAAAACGUAUUUGUGGAAAGUUAGGAAUUGAUUAUGGUGAAGCAAUAACAGGUUUUGAUGCACAUCAUGGCAUGUCAAUACCAAGAAAAGAAGGUGUAGUGAUCUGUCGUGAAUUUGAACAUAGAGUACAUGAAGCUCUAGAAGAAUAUGAACAAAAACAAAUUGAAAAAGAAAUAAAGAAAAGAGAUGAACGAAUUUAUAGUAAUUGGAAAAAAUUAAUUAAAGCAGCUAUUAUUCGUGAACAAUUAAAACAUAAAUAUGCGACAACAACAGCACCAGCACACGGUGGAGAAUUAGCCACGGAUGCAAAAUAUCAAUGGCCAAAAGUACCAUCUCAAGAGGAAGAUGAAGAGAAUGAGUUGUGA